AUGCCUUCAGGCAGCAUUUACCAAAAGUGCGAAGAGUCCGACCAAGAGACGCUCAAGGAACAGGAGACAGAAAUGACAUUUGGGAGAGCAGGGAAUUCCUUGCUGCAGUGUGGUAGGGGCGUGAAUGGGGAGGAAAAGUCCAUAUUAACCCUUUACGCUGUGCACGCCGUGUCAUUUGUGUUAUGGGCCGUCCUCCUCGCCAUGGUGAUUGGAAAGUACUCGGAGAUGUCCAAGGAGCUGGAGCAGUUGCGGACUGAUCAAUCUGCGCUGAGAGGCAACGGCUCCAAGACAGGGAAGCAACUGAAGACGCUUCAUUUCAACCAGUCCACCAUGCACAGCACCGAGGUGGAGCUGGCCACAGAUCUGAAGAGGCUGCAGUCAGACCAGGCCGCACUGAAAAUGGAAGUGUCGGAGGAUCUGGCCAAAGCGAAAAGUGACAGAGAUGACAUCAGGGCUGAGGCCUACAAGAUUCUGGAUGCUGUCCAGAAAGGGAACGACUCUGCCUGCAGCAUUUGUCCAGCCGGCUGGCUGCUGAAUGCAGGGAACUGCUACUACUUCUCCACAGAGCAAAAACACUGGUCCUAUGCCAAGCAGGCCUGCAAAGACCAAGGUGCCAUGCUGAUUAUUAUUGAUAACCCACAAAAGCAGGAGUUUUUGACAAAGAACGCUAACGGCAAGCAGUACUGGAUCGGCCUGCACGACGUUAGCAAUGAAGGGACAUUUAUAUGGGUCGACGACAGUUCCGUGUCAUACAGCAACUGGAAUCAAGGGGAGCCCAACAAUUUUGGCAGUGGCGAGGACUGCGUGAUGAUGUUCAAAGACGGGAAGUGGAACGACGCUACGUGUGUGAUGAAUGAGGUUGGCUGGAUCUGUGAAAAGAAGUGGACUUGUUAAACUGUGGCCAGGAGGAACACAACACAGCCAGCUCAUCUUAACCACAGAGCCACCCCACUGCCCUCUGGCCCCUUCCAUGCAAGGUCUGCCAGCUCUUUACAAACUUCAAUGCAUUAAACCUCACAGACCUCACCCCUUCCACUCUUGGGAGCAAGGUAUUAUCACCCC